AUGGCACAAGCCGCCAAACAUCUCCGCAAGAACAAGGAUUUAGAAGCCCAGGCAGAGCAGGAGCGCAAAGAGAAGGAGGAGGAGAGGGUCAAAAAGAGGAGUCGCUCGCGGGAUAAAAAGCGCAAGGCCCACGCCGUGCAUCGCUGGCUAAUCGAUCAGGACAGUAGUGUGAGCUCUGAGAUGCCGGAUGGCCAAGGAGUAUGGCACUAUGAUGAUGAAGCAGAUGCUGGCAACAGUUUUCUCAGAGCGGCCCGUUCUGGUAACUUGGACAAGGCCCUGGAACACAUCAAAAAUGGCAUUGAUAUAAAUACAGCCAAUCAGAAUGGGCUCAACGGGCUGCAUCUGGCCUCGAAAGAAGGCCAUGUCAAAAUGGUGCUGGAGCUACUCCACAAUGGGAUUGUACUGGAGACCACCACAAAGAAAGGGAACACGGCCUUGCACAUUGCAGCCCUGGCAGGGCAGGAGCAGGUGGUCACAGAGCUGGUUAACUACGGGGCCAAUGUCAAUGCUCAGUCCCAGAAGGGUUUCACUCCACUCUACAUGGCUGCGCAAGAAAACCAUCUAGAGGUUGUGAAGUUUCUUCUGGAGAACGGAGCCAAUCAGAGCAUUCCAACUGAGGAUGGAUUUACGCCUCUUGCCGUGGCUCUUCAGCAGGGACAUGAAAAUGUUGUAGCCCUGCUCAUCAACUACGGCACCAAGGGAAAGGUCCGCCUCCCUGCGCUGCACAUUGCAGCACGCAACGACGAUACACGCACAGCCGCAGUGCUUCUGCAGAACGACCCCAAUCCUGAUGUACUCAGCAAGACUGGAUUCACACCCCUCCACAUUGCUGCACACUAUGAAAACUUGAACGUUGCUCAGCUGCUGCUCAACAGAGGAGCCAAUGUCAACUUCACCCCAAAGAACGGCAUCACUCCACUGCACAUUGCAUCCAGACGGGGGAAUGUGAUCAUGGUCCGACUCCUGCUGGACAGAGGGGCGCAGAUCGAUGCCAAGACCAAGGAUGAGCUGACUCCUCUGCAUUGUGCAGCCAGAAAUGGUCAUGUCAGGAUUAUAGAGAUCCUGCUGGACCACGGGGCCCCCAUCCAGGCAAAGACCAAGAAUGGCUUGUCUCCAAUCCACAUGGCAGCACAGGGGGACCACAUGGACUGCGUCAAGCAGCUUCUGCAGUACAACGCAGAGAUUGAUGACAUCACAAUGGACCACCUCACCCCUCUGCAUGUGGCGGCGCACUGCGGCCACCACCGCAUGGCCAAAGUACUGCUGGACAAAGGAGCCAAACCCAACUCUCGGGCACUGAAUGGCUUCACUCCUUUGCAUAUUGCUUGUAAAAAGAACCACAUGCGUGUGAUGGAUCUCCUGCUCAAACACUCUGCAUCAUUAGAGGCUGUGACUGAGUCUGGCCUGACCCCUUUGCAUGUGGCUUCAUUUAUGGGUCAUCUCAACAUUGUCAAGAUCCUGCUGCAGAAAGGAGCUUCCCCCAGCGCCUCCAAUGUGAAAGUGGAGACUCCUCUCCAUAUGGCAUCUCGGGCGGGACACUACGAGGUGGCAGAGUUUUUACUGCAGAAUGCAGCACCUGUGGACGCCAAGGCCAAGGAUGACCAAACACCUUUGCAUUGUGCUGCUCGAAUGGGCCACAAAGAGCUUGUGAAGCUGCUGCUGGAGCACAAAGCCAAUCCCAACUCUACCACAACAGCAGGACACACACCGCUACACAUUGCCGCCCGGGAAGGUCAUGUACAAACUGUCCGCAUACUACUGGACAUGGAGGCUCAGCAGACCAAGAUGACCAAGAAAGGCUUCACUCCGCUGCAUGUGGCCUCCAAGUACGGCAAGGUGGAUGUAGCAGAGCUACUGCUGGAGAGAGGAGCCAACCCUAAUGCUGCAGGGAAGAAUGGUCUGACUCCACUGCACGUUGCUGUACAUCACAACAACCUGGAUGUUGUGAACCUGCUUGUCAGCAAGGGAGGAUCACCACAUAGUGCAGCCAGGAACGGCUACACUGCCCUCCACAUAGCAUCCAAGCAGAACCAGGUGGAGGUGGCUAACAGCCUGCUGCAGUACGGCGCUUCAGCCAAUGCUGAGUCACUGCAGGGAGUGACACCUCUCCACCUGGCCUCGCAGGAAGGAAGGCCAGACAUGGUGUCCCUGCUCAUCUCCAAACAGGCCAACGUCAACCUCGGCAACAAGAGUGGAUUAACCCCACUCCACCUGGUGGCACAGGAGGGGCAUGUCGGCAUCGCUGAUAUCUUGGUGAAGCAGGGAGCCUCAGUCUAUGCUGCCACACGGAUGGGUUACACACCCCUCCAUGUAGCGUGUCACUAUGGCAACAUCAAGAUGGUGAAGUUCCUCCUGCAGCAACAGGCCAAUGUUAACAGCAAAACGAGGCUUGGAUACACUCCUCUACACCAGGGCGCCCAGCAGGGACACACAGACAUUGUGACACUGCUGCUGAAGCAUGGAGCCCAGCCCAAUGAGACCACUACAAAUGGUACUUCGGCCCUAGCCAUUGCUAAGAGGUUGGGCUACAUCUCUGUGAUUGACGUCUUGAAGCUCGUCACCGAGGAGACGGUUUCCAUGACGACCACAGAGAAACAUCGCAUGAGUUUUCCUGAAACAGUGGAUGAGAUACUUGAUGUUUCUGAGGACGAAGGAAUUGCACAGCUAACCUUAGGAGAGGAGCUCUUGGGGACAGAAGGGGCCAGGUACAUGAAGAUGGAUGACAUGAAAGACCAUGAUGACGAUUUCCUCUCCCCCAAGAAAUCACUGGAGUACGAGAGAGGGCUGGGCACAGCAAAUUACUCGCCAGCCAUUCCCAGGAUCCCCCGUGUCUCUCCAGAGACCGUUAUCCUGAAAGAACAUGAGAUAGAACAGCAACAUACUCCUCUUCCACUGCCCAAAGAAUACGAUGAGGACUCACUUAUUCCCAGCAGCCCAGCGACUGAGACGUCAGACAAUGUCAGCCCAGUGGCCAGUCCCAUACACACAGGGUUCCUGGUCAGUUUUAUGGUGGAUGCUCGGGGCGGCUCAAUGCGAGGCAGCAGGCAUAAUGGUCUGCGUGUCAUCAUACCUCCGCGGACCUGUGCGGCCCCCACCCGCAUCACCUGCCGUCUGGUGAAGCCGCAGAAGCUGACCAGCCCCCCUCCUCUGGUGGAGGGAGAGGGGCUGGCCAGCAGGAUCAUCUCCCUGGGUCCAGCUGGCAUGCAGUUCCUGGGACCAGUGAUAGUGGAGAUCCCUCACUUUGCUGCUCUGGGUCGUGGUGACCGGGAGCUCGUGGUGCUGAGGAGCGAGAAUGGCUCCGUCUGGAAAGAACAUCGUAAUCGCUACGGUGAUGAGGUGCUAGAAACAAUCCUCAAUGGGAUGGAUGAGGACUUAGAGAGUCAAGAAGAGCUUGGGAAGAAGCGAAUUCGCCGUAUCAUCUCUACCGACUUCCCCCUUUACUUUGCUGUUGUGUCACGCGUCCAGCAAGAGAGCGACUUGAUUGGUCCAGAGGGAGGUUCGCUGACAAGUAAACUGGUGCCGAUGGUCCAGGCCACAUUUCCUGAGACGGCAGUCACCAAACGAGUCCGCCUGGGGCUGCAGGCUCAGCCAGUUCCAGAUGAGCUGGUUGCAAAGCUGCUGGGUAACCAGGCAAACUUUAGCCCUGUUGUCACUGUGGAGCCUCGGCGGCGUAAAUUUCACCGACCCAUCGGCCUGCGCAUUCCCCUGCCCCCGUCCUGGAGGGAUAGCCCACGAGACUCUGGGGAGGGUGACACCACCAGUCUGCGUCUGCUUUGCUCUGUCAUAGGUGGCACAGCCCCAGCCCAAUGGGAGGACAUCACUGGCACAACCAAGCUUAUCUAUUCUAAUGACUGUGCCAGCUUCACAACCAAUGUGUCAGCACGAUUCUGGCUCGCAGACUGUCCUCGGACAGCUGAGGCUGUCUCCUUUGCCAACCUGCUCUACAGAGAGCUGUCAGCUGUACCAUACAUGGCCAAGUUUGUGGUGUUUGCGAAGAUGAAUGAGCUCCGUGAGGGCCGCCUGCGCUGCUACUGCAUGACCGACGAUAAGAUGGAUAAAACCCUAGAACAACAUGAGAACUUCACAGAGGUGGCUCGCAGCAGAGACAUUGAGGUGAUGGAGGGAAUGCCACUUCACCUGGAGUGUUCAGGAAAUCUUGUGCCAGUGAGGAAGGCCACUCAGCAGCCUCGCUGCUUCAGCUUCCAGGCCUUCAGAGAUAACCGACUUCCUGUCUCUGUUAAGGUGAGAGACAGCAGUAAAGAGCCCACUGGAUUUUUGUCUUUCCUGCGCAAGUCCACCAAGUAUGAGGACAGCCAACAUGUGCUCUGUAACCUCAACAUUACCAUGCCUCCAUGUAUCAAGAUUGUUGGGAGUGAAGACCGGAGGAGAACUCUGACCCCGCUGGCUUUAAGAGAAAGAUACAGCGCCCUAAAUGAGCCUGCAAUGGCAUCACUCAGUGCCAUGGAGAGGACAGAGCUGAAAAUGGCAGUGAUUGCAGAACAGUUGGGACUGAGCUGGGCUGAGUUGGCACGUGAGCUUCAGCUCAGUGUAGAUGACAUCAAUAAGAUCCGUGUGGAGAAUCCAAACUCCCUGCUGGAGCAGAGCUCUGCACUGCUCAACCUGUGGGCUACCCGUGAGGGCAAGAGGGCCAAGAUGGAGAGCUUGUACACAGCUCUGAAGAGUAUUGACCGUAUGGAUAUUGUCAGCAUGUUGGAGGGCCAGCCGCCUCAGCCUGCGAGACAAGGCUCCCGUGACCUUAGCAGACGCCGACACAACGAGAGAGACCACCUCUCCCCUGGUAUGACCAAUGGUUAUGGGCUCGCGCAGGAAGAGCUUCUCUCACCGGCCUCCAUGCAGUACAGCCUGCCCUCUCCGCUGGGCGCUGAGCCUUACUGGCAGGAAGUCUCCAGUCUGGACUGUGCACCCAUUGCCACCACAGAAGAAGACACCCUCAUGGAGAUGUCUGAUGUGCAGGUGUGGCCCUCAGGCAACAGCCCCUCCCUGGUGCCUGUGGAGGACUCCUCGCUGGAGUGCAGCAAUGCUGAUGAUUCAGAAGGUCUGCUGGGGCUGCCAUAUGGAAGUCUGGGUCGACCGGCCAGUCAGGCCAGCGCAGCCAGUGGAGGGGGUGGGGUGCUGAGUGGCUCCAUUGAGCUGCCCGAAGACGAUUCAGAGAUGGGCGUUGACUCGCUCAGCACUGCCACGCCAGCCUCGCUUGGGGGUACCAUCGCUGGGAUCAAUCUUAACGGGCUGAACAAUGGUCAGGGGUCAGAGGCAAGUUCUGAGGUAUCAGCCAUCACCAGUACGACUGGUGGUGAUGGGGCUGGAGGAGGAGGAGGAGGAGGAGGAGGAGGAGGAGGGACGGGCUCAGAGGAAGGGAUUUCUCUUGUUGCAGGACAGCAAAGGGUGUAUGCUCGGCUGAGUGAGUCACCAGGUCUGAGCUGUGUUGCAGAUCGCAAUGGAGACAGGUCAGGUAAUGGUGGAAACGGAGGUGGUGGAGGCUCUUUCCUUUCCUACCUGCAGGAACAAACAGGCCCAGGGUGGAGCCCUGUUACUGACCCUCAGGCCUGGGUGGGCAGCCAGUCUAAGCCCAGGCAGGCCAUGGACACCAUGAUGUCAUCAGUACGUAACGCUGUGGACGGAGACCCGUCCCGUAUGUCCCAGGAGGCCUUGCUUCAGCCCGUGAGGGACAUGGGGCACUCGGAGAUCUUACGGGGGCACUUUAGAGGUACCCAGCCAUUUGAGAAGGGUUUGGGCUUCCCACACAGAGUACCAGAGCUACGGGCCUGGGACGACGUACGUCUGAAGGGCCAGGGUGACGAGGUUGAAGAUCUUCCUGGGGAGCAAGUAAGCGAGGAACAGUUCACGGAUGAACAUGGAAACAUUGUCACAAAAAAGAUUGUGCGUAAGGUUGUGCGCAGAGGGAAGGGUUCAGGUGAGGAGGGGGUUCAGGAGGUGUGCAUGGAGGGUUCUCUGCAGGAUGCCAACGAGCUGGAGGUUGAUGCUGAGCAGUUCAUGAGCUACGCCAUCCUGGGCCGGGACAGCAGCAAGCCCGAUACUGUGGAUGUGAAGAAAGGUGCUCAGAUAGUGAAAUGUGCCAGUCUGCGGAGAGUUAAGCAGUGAGGCAGACUGAGUGCUGCGUCCCCGCAGAGUUCCCCACAGGAUUCAACCCCUUCACCAAAACCAUCCUACAUGGACACAUGACCAGCAGCAGCUGACAGGAGGAAGAACACAUAAAAAAGGCAGUUAUACAGAAAUGAACGGCAACAGACACCAACUUAAUGACAACCACAGCGGCUAUGCCGACUAUCAGCACGCACCAGAAGGGAAGGAUACGGAUUUACUUGUAGUUUUUAUUACCUUUUUUUUUUAAGAAACCGUGGAGAAAAAAAAAUGUCUACUACUAGGCUAGAAGCAUGAUUUCGUAUAAAACAAAAACCAAACACAAACAAAAAAAACUAGCAACCAAAACGUGCUUCCUGUUAUCUGUAUCAGCAUGAGUGACUGCUGCCGCAUGGCCUGUCUUUAACUACAAAUACUGAGGGAAUACAGGGGUGGGUAAAAGGGUGGGGAGGGAUGGGGAGGAGACACUGCUGUAUGGGACAGGCAUGCAUUGUAGGGUAUGGUCAAUCACUGGCCCAUUUUCUAAACCAACAGGGAAAAAUUUAAGAAAAGGGGAGACUAAAAUAAUGAGAAUGACAUAAUCUCUAGGCAACAGAUUACUCCCCCUCCUACCUGCCACACUCUUCUAGCUAAAGAGCAUCACAAGCUAGUUUUAAACCUGUCCCAGUGCUCUCGAAGUCCAGUAAAGCUACACUUAUCACCCAAGGAUAUUGGUGUUGUACAUAAUAUCGUAUGCACUAAAAUGCUCUACGUGACUGUGUGUUACGUGUGUUGUUUAUGUUAUAAGAUCCCUAUGCGAUGCCACUGAUGCUGCUGUUUCAGGUACAUAAGAAAUUCCUCCCUGUUUUUCUUGUUUGGUUCGUUUGGUCUGAACCUACGUAAUAUUCUAUAUAUCUUGAGAUCUUUGUGGGUACAAGAACAUACAAAUGUUGUGUCGCUCUGCCUGUUUUAAACGUCCGAUUUUUGUGUGUCAGGCUGUUUGUUUCUUUGUGCUUUUCAUGUGCUUUCACCCUUUGCUUUUGACAUGUCAAACUGUAGAGGGCAGACAUACUGUAAGUCAUUUACUGUGCUGUGGGUUUUCGAGCUUUGGGAGGCAGGUUCCUGCAAUGAACCUGCCUCCCUGACGUUCCCUCAGAGUGGUUUGCCUUGUGGAGAGGGUGACAAUGAGAUAUAUGAUGGGUGACAGAUUAUCAUGAGAGAUUAACCUGCUCUACCAUCUCACUCCUCUGCCUUUUUCUUGUCCCCCGUGUGCUGUAUCCUUGUGAGGUCUAUGUAAAUCAGAUGUCUGUCUGAGCCAAAAUCCCAAUGCCUCUUUUCACCCUCAAUCUUGCCCUUAUCGCCCUACCUCCGCCUCUCACCCCCUCGUCCCUCCAGUCAGCCUCUCAGAGUAGAUGUAGCAGUCCUGUCCUCUUCCAGCAGGGGGCAGGAUCCCACCUUCAGCUCGUAGCAGUGUCAGUUUGACCUCAUCAUGCAGUUUCUGGUACCACCACCCAUGAGGUGCACUUGCAGACCAUCUCACCACCACCACCAGAAGAUGUCACUUGAUGAGGGUAAAGUAGCUGAAAUGCUGGUAAAAAUGUAGCACUGGUUUUACUGGUAAAAAACUAAGAAUCAUGUGGAGAAAGGACAGUGUUGUGUCGAGGGUCAAGGAUGUGUUGAGCUUUGAUGUUUGUCUCCUUGGUAAUUCUUUGGAGUGUAGCAAGGAAAGUCAGUCACCAAUCACUGUGAUGAGAAACUGUAAUACUGACCCGCAACUGUGAGCCUGACCCUUCCCGAAGCGUGUCUCUUGUUUCACUCCUUUCUUUCAUGUUAUGUCUUUAUUUUUCAUGAUUUACUGUCUUAACUGUACUUCAGAAGAAGCAAUAACUGCUUACAAAAGGAAAGGAUUGUUUGUGUGAGUGUGUUUGAGUGUGUGUUUGUGUGACAGAGAAAAAGGGAAUUUUAGGAUCAUAGUUCAUGUUCUUCCUAAGCUUGGGCUUUCAAUCUCUUAACCACGGCUUUAGGCUACUCCUCGCUAUACUCAGAAAUGAUGUCAGUACAUUAGUAUCCCACAUUUUGUCACUUUGUCUCUUUAGAAAAGAAAACUAUAAAGUUUAAGUUUUACACUUAAGAUCAGGCAAAUAUUGGUAUGACUUAAUACCAGCCAUCACAUCUGCAACAUGCCCAGUGUCUGUUUUUGUUUUACUCAUCAGGGAAUGUUGGUGUGUUUAGUCAUAGUUUUUAAACCUUAAUAACAUUCAUAUGCACCUUGAAAGAAAUUGUAUUGUGUGUGUGUGUGUGUGUGUGUGUGUGUGUGUGUGUGUGUGUGUGUGUGUGUGUGUGUGUGUGUGUGUGUGUGUGUGUGUGUGUGUGUGUGUGUGCGCAUGUGUGUGUGUGUGUGAUUUUAAUAUCACAUAUUCAGUCCUGGAUUUUGGGACAUGUCAACGUUGUGAUAAUAUCACAGGAAGUAAUACUGCAAAUGGACAAAGAGCAGCAGCUCUCAGAUUAUACGUGUAAUUCUAAUUCACAUCUUUUUAGAAGUUGAUUUACCUCAAUAAGCGCACCAUCUCACGUGAUAUCAAUAACCUUUAUCAAUAUCAGUAACCUCAAUAACCGUUUCUUUCCAACAUUUCGUUAGACAUUGAAUGCUUUAUUAUGGAAAAAAGAUGUAAAUCACAAAAAUGUUGCAAUAAGCACCCAUCAGUAAGUGUUUAGAAUGGCUUCAUGGCCAGAGAUGAUGAAUGUAAAGUCUUGGUAUACUGUAAGUCUUGUUAUAAAGUAGUCAUCUGUGUUGGCUCUGUACUUUAGUAGAUAAUAGGGUAUUCACUCUGCUGUUUCAACUCAGUAUCUGCUGUUGUUCAUCAAACAUAUGACUUAAUUCUCAUUUCAUAACAAACAUACAUACAACUCAUGUAAGAAGACAGAUUUAAAGAGAGAAGCCUCAAAUGGGUUUUUUGACAUUUUAACAACUUCAUCAGAUAUUGUUUCUAUUUUAUUAUCUUUUUUAAUAACCACAAAAAGUUAGAUGUCAAUAAAAAUUACACAGCAGUGUAAUGGUGUAGUACCCCUUACAUCAUAGCAUAUGGUUAGCUCUGUAAGGGCUCAUAAUUAUGGUAUGUUUGCGUUGGUUUCUGAAGCAGGGGCUAUUUUAUAAACCCACUGCUGAUGUCAGGGUUAGAGCAAGGGGGGGCAGGGGGAGUCUGACGAAAAGACAACAAGGGGGAAAACUUUGAAGUUACAUGGAAUUGUGGGGAGCCUUGGUGGCUUCGAUGGCUAGUCUUUCAAGAUGACAAGCAUUUUUCCUCAACACAGCCCACCCCUGAUCUAUUUCUGCCCCCUUACCAAAUAUAUGACUGAGCCGAUUCUAAGGCUUGCACAUGGUGACAAUGUGAACACAGAGGGAGGAGCUGUUACAUCAGAAAAAUGUACAAUGGAGAGCCCUGCACUGAGGGACGACUGAGAUGAUGCCAUGCACCAAGUUCAUGCAAAAAUAUUACUGUUGCAAAAACUAGAGAACACAUGUAUAUUCCUUUAGAAUGGAUUGAAGACAUUAUUAACGCAAUAGCAUAUUACUCAAUACUAAGGAAUGCAACUGCGCACAUGCACAGAAAAUGUUUUUAACAUAAAAGGCUAUAUAUAUAUAUGAAAUAUAUGAAAAUAUAUAUAUAUAUUUACUUAGAAUGCUAUGCACCCUUACUUGUCAACUGGGAUUCUAGUUAUGUUAUGGAUGUACUUUUAGCAUCAUACAGCUGUAGCUACCAAGAGACUGUUGAGUUCUGGGUAAUGCCUGCAACCUGGGGAUAAAUAGGGGUCUUGUGGGUAUUUUAACUUGUUUUGUUUGCUUUUUUUAUUGUUAUGGAGAGUCAAACAUGAAUUUAAAAUAUACAUGUAAAAGCCUUUUAAUCCAAUCAAAUCCUUGGACAUCUAUUGACAAUUUACUCUGUACACCAGCUCAACAUUUACAAAAUUAAUAAAGAAAUGAAAUGUC